CGACGCUAGUUUGUGAAUAAGUCUCCUAUCUAUAAGGAAGCGCAAUUUAAAACUGACAAACCUACGAGAUAGACUUUAUGUAUCUGGGAAGGGGGAGAGAGAAACUCUUUUAUCCUUAAGGUCUGAAACUAGAGGCCGAAAAUGUUUGAAAAUUGUUAUAAGCUUCCACUACUGAUAACUUAUAGAUAUGGAUAUAAAAUAUUUAGUCUACAUUUACUGUGUUUUUCUUUUUCUCUUUCUAUGAUUUGAUUACUGAACUGCAGCUAAUCAGGACACUCUAUGACAAUCUUUAAAUAAAAGUGUCAAGUUCCUAUUUGACCUACCCAUUAGAAACGUUUGUCUUAAUAAUGUCUAUUCCUUUUUCUUUUUUCCAGAUCGUGUUGAAGCUCAAUCAGAUGAUUGUGACGUUAGUUCAAGUAGCUCCAGCGAAAGCUGUGAAAGUGGAUGCAAUGCUAGACGUUGCGGUCGGUCUUGGCUGUCCCUUGGAGAGCUACUCAAAAGACUAAGUUGUCAGCUGUCUAAAGUAAACCCCAUGAACUUCAGUUGUUGUACAUUGUAUAUCUUAGGUGUUCUUUUACUUCUUGGUAGGUCAUAUAUCUUAGGUGUUCUUUUACUUCUUGGUAGGUCAUAUAUCUUAGGUGUUCUUUUACUUCUUGGUAGGUCAUAUAUCUUAGGUGUUCUUUUACUUCUUGGUAGGUCAUAUAUCUUAGGUGUUCUUUUACUUCUUGGUAGGUCAUAUAUCUUAGGUGUUCUUUUACUUCUUGGUAGGUCAUAUAUCUUAGGUGUUCUUUUACUUCUUGGUAGGUCAUAUAUCUUAGGUGUUCUUUUACUUCUUGGUAGGUCAUAUAUCUUAGGUGUUCUUUUACUUCUUGGUAGGUCAUAUAUCUUAGGUGUUCUUUUACUUCUUGGUUUUUUGUAUCUGUAUGGCUUAACACUUCUAUAUCAGCUUUAUAGACUGUUACGUAUAUUGGCUCAAACAUUUUUACCUUCUUCAUGGCUAAAGACCACUCAAGAAAUUGUUGAAGAAGCCUUGUACAAAUACAGUGCUGAUCGUUUAGGUAUAACUGAUUAUGCUCUUGAGUCUUCUGGUGCAACAGUUUUAUGCAGCAGUGAAACUUACUACUCCAAGUUCGGCAUGAUCUCUGUUUUCAAUUUACCUACCUGGUACCAUGCUUCAACUCCUAGCUCAGUCAUUCAGCCAGAUGUUCAGCCAGGCAAUUGUUGGGCCAUGAAUGGUAACUUUGGCUUUGUCACCAUACAGCUGGUUAUGCCAGUGGUUGUAACCGCUGUUACCCUAGAACACAUUCCAAAAGAAAUUUCUGUUGCUGGCAGAUUGGAUUCAGCACCCAGGGAUUUUAUGAUCAUUGGUAAAGAAAGAGGUUUAGAUUCACCAGAUGUCAUUCUUGGAUCAUUUACAUAUAAAAUUGGUGAAAAUCCAAUCCAACUAUUUCACAUAAAGGACCCAAACUGUCUGAUGAAAGAAACACCAGAGAAAUGUGGACCCAACAAACUUAUCAUCAGUAUUAUCACAUUAAAGAUUUUAAACAAUUACGGCAAUCAAGAGUACACAUGCAUUUACAGAUUUCGAGUGCACGGGAACCCACAGCCUUCUGCCUGACCUUGUGAACUCUGACCUCUGCAAUACAGUCAGAGCUGAUACUAAUUAUAGUCAUUGGGUCUUCAAAUACAUAUUGGCAUUUUAUUUCCUCAGAGUUUCAUCUAUUUCAGCAUCACUGUGUUUUUAUAUGUUCAUCUUAUACAUGAUGUAGUUGCUAGGAGCAGUUCACACUAAAAGGGAUGACAUUGUUAUAAAACAUUUACUCAUUUUAUAACCACAAUUUUUUACAUGACUUCUCACCCUUACAUUCUUGUUGAUAUUUACAAACCAAUGUACAGCAAUAGUAUACUUCUAGUUGGGGUGUCUUAAUAGUCUACUGAAGCAACUAAUUAUGUCACUCUACUUCCGAUGGCAUCAAGUAACAGACUUGAUUCUCUCUUUUCAUUACCAUACCAUGACUUUAGUAUUAUUACCAUUUGAACUAAGCAUUUAUACAAGAACUGCGAUAUUUUCUGCAUUAGUGUAAGUCUAAUGUUUAUUCCGAGUCGUCCUUCUAUCCACUAAGUGAAUAUUUCACCUUCUUCCACUGUUUUGUAUCCUGUGCUACCAAUGUAAUGUGACCUGCUGUGCAUUAUGUUCAAUUCUCUAUACACACUCAUAGAUUCAUAAUUAGGAUAAGUUCAUUUUGCUAAUAAAUAUUUAAUACUAUUCAACCAA